GAUUUUUAUUUUAUUUUUAGACUGGUCUCCAAGUCUGAUCCUUGAGAGCCCCAUUCAUCCUAGUUCGAAUGCUUGACUGAGAUCUGAUCGCUUGGGCAUAGCUUGCUGAUGAGCUAAUCUCAAAUGAUCAGGUGUGAUGGAACGGAGAAGCAUUUAAAACAGUCAAUUAGGUCUCAUAAUUGUAGCGGGUAACAUCCGUAAUACCUAAGGUACUUUCAGUAUCUAGUUAAAAUGAAACAAAAACUUGGUAUUAGAUUUCAAAAGUAACAUUUGAGCUAGACAGACACUAGGUUGCUGGCUGGGUUUUGACCUGUCCAAGAUGGCGGCCUCGGAGAAUCACUGGGACAACUUGUGUGCAGUAUAGAGCAUGGCACGACCCUGGCGGAUGCCAACCGCCACGAGAACGUGAUUACAACUCUUAACGCUUUAGCCACGUGGUCGUUAUAAGCGGAAUGGCUAUUACUAGUGAUUAAGUCAAUGCUUGGCCCGGUCUGUGCUUUCCUUCUCUUGGGACCAAAGGGAACAUUUUGCGUCCCUCUUUCGUCGCGUUUCUACAUGACUAGCUGUUGCACUCUAGCGGCCAAAGACUGUUAUUUUCAACCUGGCUGUGGUGACGUCACACGAUGUACUGCAGUCCUCUCCCCUUGCAACGUGAAUCGCUCAGCCAAAAUCUCACGAGAUUUGCUAAUGUCACGUUAAGCUAUGCUGUCAUUAGUUAAGUUAGACACAAGAUGGCGCUAUCUUCUUUUGGUAACUACAGUGCAGUUGGAGGGGGACCUUUUCGGGUUAAUUUAUUAAAAAACAAUGCAAGGUAACGUUUCUUAUUGUUACUAUUUACCAAGUCAGGCCAUAUUGUUUAGCUAAAUGUCACGUGAAAUGUUUGAUUUCAUCGCUCACCUAGCAAUAGUAUCGGCUUGCUCAGCGUGUUUGAGGGCCGACCCAGAGGAGGAGUUUGGACUGCACUUUUUUCAGUUUUUUUUUUUUUUUUUUUUCAACACCGGUGUGUGUGUGUUAGAAAGCAUUCACUUCGAGGCACCAACAAGGAGAGGAAGACGUGGUCCUCAUGCUGAUGCAGAAGCCCCCUGACCACCACCGCGUCCAUCUACCUCCAGGCUGGAACUUCCUCCUCGUCCUUUCCCUCCUCUUUCCUCCACUAAACACAGAAGAUACUUUGCACUAACGUUUUCCUUUUUUCAAAUGAGCAUUCAUUCCUUUUGAUUGUUUUUAUUUAAUAACGAUGCACACCACGCAAAAGGACACCACCUACACUAAGAUCUUCGUCGGAGGCUUGCCCUACCACACCACCGACUCCAGUCUCAGGAAGUACUUUGAGGUGUUUGGCGAGAUCGAGGAGGCGGUGGUUAUCACUGACAGGCAGACCGGCAAGUCUCGGGGCUAUGGCUUUGUUACCAUGUCUGAGCGCUCGGCCGCCGACCGGGCCUGCAAGGACCCCAACCCCAUCAUUGACGGCAGGAAGGCCAACGUCAACCUGGCCUACCUGGGGGCCAAGCCUCGAGUGAUGCAGCCGGGUUUUACCUUUGGAGUCCCCCAAAUUCACCCUGCCUUCAUCCAAAGGCCUUAUGGCAUCCCGACGCACUACGUGUACCCUCAGGCCUUCGUGCAGCCCAGCGUGGUGAUCCCGCACGUGCAGCCCACCGCCGCCGCCACUGUGCCAGCCCCCGCCACCUCCCCGUACAUCGACUACACAGGAGCGGCCUACGCUCAGUACUCGGCCGUUAGCGCGGCGGCAACCGCCGCAUACGACCAGUAUCCCUACGCCGCCUCGCCUGCCGCCGCUGGCUACGUGACUGCCGCCGGGUACGGCUACGCAGUCCAGCAGCCUCUUGCGGCUGCCGGCGCCGCCGCUCCAGGUUCAGCGGCUGCAGCUGCCACCGCAGUUGCUUUCGGCCAGUAUCAGCCACAGCAGCUGCAAGCAGACCGCAUGCAAUAGCAGCAGAAGGAAAUGGAGUCGACAUGCUGUGCCUCAACCAAAACAAGAAAAAAGUCGCUGUACAAACAUGAUGAUAAUUUUCUAGUAGCUUCUUUCUGGAGACAAACCACAGGAACUAAUCCCUGUUACUUAAGCCUUCAAGUUCUAUCGCUGUCCUAGGGCUGAUUUUGUAUAUUUAUUGUUGUCAUACACACUGAGGGUUUUUCUUUUUUUGUAUAAUCAGGGAAAAAAUGAAGCUGUUUUCAGCGUGACCUCUUGUUAGGACCUUAAAGCACCCCUCUUGGCCGAUGCAAAGCAUCUCCCAUCCUUUGACAAGCGGACAACUCUCGAACAGGAACGCAUCACUUGUUGCUCAUUUGUUUAGCUGACACAUUUUAAUCUACUGCUGGGCCCUGUUUCUCUUGAGUUUACAGGGCCACCCACCAUCCCCAACAACCCCUCCAGUGUUAGCAAAAAUUUACAUGGCAACCUCCUGCCUCAGUGUGCCUUUCGACUGCUAUUUAAUACAAAGAGACUUGUGCUAUUUAAAAUAUUUAUUUUCUAUUUUGUUUUUGGAGAGUAGUAAUGGCGGUACUGUAUUAAUAUUAUUACUGUGUACUCAUCUCAAGGUAUACAUACAUACAUACACACGUACAUACACACACAUAUACAUAUAUACAUUAGUUUUAAUUUCAGAAUUAUUAUUAUAUAUUAUAUAUUAACAUACUCAACCCCAAGAAAUAUUUAGUAGCUGUUCAAGAUACAAUGCACUCUACUUUUAUUUUUUAACUUAAUAUUGGUUAGGUGUUUUUUUUUUAUGGAGAAACUUUAUUUAAAUGCAUGCGUAAAACAAAACAAACAAACAAAAAAAAAGCAAAAUGCUGCUUUAUCCUUUAGAAUGUAAAGUCGUCGUAGCUGUGCUUUAUUACGAUUUCAUUUUCAUAUUCAUCUGACAAUGUUGGGAGUUUUUAUACUUGAACUAUUUCUUACAGGGGAAACGAGAGCGAAAGGUUUUAAUAAACAUUUGAAGGAAGCUUUUCAUUGUCACUGGAUGAAAAACUUAGCGUCGUGGUCACCUUCACGCCUGGCUGAUGAGGACGCGGGACGCCGACUAUCAAUGAUGCAGCACGAAUCAAUAAGUCAUAGUCAUCGCGUUAAGGUAGAAGAAGAUGAGCGUGUUUGUUUCACGUGUGCUCACGCAUUGGUGAGGCUGUCGGGGUGACGUCAUUCAAAAGAAGGCAAACUAUUAUCAAUGCAUGAUUUUAAAAAUAUAUAUUACGGUUUUUGUGUGUUUUCAUCAUAACGUGUUUUACAAAUGUUUUGACCCUUUAUUGGCAAGUUAACUCCGUCAAAAAGAGU